AUGGCUUCGCCGCAGGGAAAAGUGCCCACCAUUCUCGAAAAAAUCUACGCGCAGCGUCAACAAGACGUCGCCGCCGCGCAAGCCACGCCUGGCACCUCCUCCGCUGACCUUGACGCUUACCUUGCCAUGGGCCUCGCGCCGUCCCUCAUCCCUCUCAUCCCCCGCCUCAAGCGCAACCCAUCCACAUCCUCAUCCAACCCGGGUCUCUCUCUCAUGGCAGAGAUCAAGCGCGCGAGCCCGAGCAAAGGUGACAUCGCGCUCUCUGCGAAUGCGCCGCGCCAGGCGCGUGCGUACGCCCAAGCGGGCGCGAGCGUCAUCUCGGUUCUGACAGAGCCUAAAUGGUUCAAGGGAUCUCUCCUCGACCUCCGCCUUGCCCGGCAGGCUGUCGACGACCUAGGGCCCGACAGGCCCGCGCUUCUGCGGAAGGAAUUCAUCUUUUCCGAGUAUCAGAUCGCCGAGGCACGCCUAUGGGGCGCUGACACCGUCCUCCUCAUUGUCGCCAUGCUCGCGCCCGAGAUACUCGAGCGCCUGUACGCAUACUCGCUCUCGCUUGGGAUGGAGCCGCUUGUGGAGGUCAACAAUGCGGACGAGAUGCAGCGAGCUCUCGCGCUUGGCGCGAAGGUGAUCGGUGUGAACAACCGGAACCUACAUGAUUUCAACGUCGACAUGGGAACGACGAGCCGCCUCGUCGACAUGGUCAAGGGGCGCGAGGUCGUGUUCUGCGCACUUAGCGGUAUUUCGGACCAGAAGGACGUGAGCGUGUACAAGGAGCAGGGCGUGCAUGCCGUAUUGGUUGGGGAGGCUCUCAUGAAGGCGGAGAACACGGCCGAGUUCAUCAGACAGCUGCUCGACUGGCCGACGGAUGCAUAA